AUUGGCAACUUGAGCCUCGAUCAUCAUAUCACGUGGCCACGCCAGCAUGACAGGUAUACUCAGUGAUGGUCGAUGGAUCAAGAAAAUGCCCUCUCCUUAUUCCAAAUCUCAGGUACUGAAAUGGUUGGCUUGCAUCGACUACGAUGUCACACCCUCGGUUGAAGCUUCUGUUGUCAACGACACCUUUCCCGCAAACCUGGACAAUCUGACCAUCAUUCAGCGAUUGCACUUACUUGGGAUCAAGUUCGAGAACACUCAGAUGCACUACUCACCCGAACACACUAUGGAUGUGGAGGCCCAACCCGUGUUCCAGCGCCUUGUGAUGGACCGCAAAGGCUCUUAUUGCUUUGGGAAGACUGGGUUACUCUCCGGAAUGUUACGAGGGUUGGGCUACCGGGUUCUUCCUGUCCAAGGCCGGGUCAACCAAAACUACAUGAAACUUGGGGUUCCCCCCGAUUUCACCCCCACGACACAUAUGGUUCUACUCGUGCAGCCCAUCUCGAAUAGCAAUACGACUUAUAUGGUCGAUGUAGGCUUCGGCGGAAGUUGUCCUGUGAGGCCCAUGUUACUCACCGAAGGGGAUCCUGUCAUGGGUACUACGCCCACGGAGAAACAUCGAUUGCGUAAAGGAAGCCUUCCUGAUUCAUGCCUGGAUGACCCAGUCCAGUCGGUGUGGAAACUCGAGUGCCUCCAUACCAAAGAGGGAAAUGGCACAGCAAUGGCAGAUGAAAGCCAAUGGAAAUGGUUAUACGCUUUUGAUGAAGUUGAACGGUUUGCCCAAGACGUGGUCUGCUCAAGCCACUGGGUCGCGACAUACGGUCGCGGCACGAUCUUCGCGGAUAAUGUUUUGUGUAUCAAACAUUAUUGGCUUGACGAAGAACAACUCACUAAACCUAACGAACAAAGGUGGAUCGGUUCCCUCUCGCUGAUGGGUAAAAUCAUUCGACGCCAUUCAGGGCCACGGGGUGAGGUGGUCAAGGAGCUAAAGUCUGAGGAAGAAAGAGUCGAGGCGAUUAAAGAGUAUUUUGGCGUAGAUGUAGGAAGCGUCAAUAUUCAGUACAUCCAAGGAAGAACAGCGGCUCUGGGCCAUUGAGAGUUCAAAUAGAAACAAGGCUUGUAUUUAACAGAAUGGACGAACCAGUACUAGCGUAAAGCAUACAUGUGAAGAACAGUUCCACGAU